CGAAGGGGUCCGAGGGAAGAAUUAACUUGUAAGAAACUCGUGCUAGUCGAAAUCGACGCAAACAUGGAGACUGGAUCUACACAGGGUAAAAAGCAAAUCCGCGUCGGAUUUUACGACAUCGAAGGAACGAUCGGCAAAGGCAACUUUGCCGUUGUAAAGCUGGCUAGACAUCGAAUCACCAAAACAGAGGUGGCUAUCAAGAUAAUCGACAAGACCCAAUUAGAUCCUACUAAUUUAGAGAAAGUUUAUAGAGAGGUCGAAAUUAUGAAGCAGCUGGAGCACCCGCAUAUCGUCAAAUUAUAUCAAGUUAUGGAGACGAAGAACAUGAUUUACAUGGUGUGCGAAUACGCGAGCAAAGGCGAGAUAUUCGAUUACAUAGCGCGAUACGGAAGAAUGGGAGAGCCCAGGGCCCGCGCGACGUUCGCUCAGAUACUCUCCGCGGUCGAGUACUGCCAUGUGACGGGUGUGGCGCAUCGCGAUUUGAAAGCCGAGAACCUGCUCCUCGACGCUCAGAUGAACGUGAAAAUCGCCGAUUUCGGCUUUAGCAACAGAUUCGCCCCGGGGGAACGAUUGAGCACGUGGUGCGGUAGCCCACCCUAUGCCGCUCCCGAGGUCUUUCGUGGGAAGCAUUACGCCGGACCGGAAAUUGACGUAUGGAGCCUGGGCGUUGUGUUGUACGUGUUAGUGUGCGGUGCACUACCCUUCGAUGGAUCAACUCUUCAGUCAUUAAGAGAUCGUGUACUAAGCGGCAGAUUUAGAAUUCCUUACUUUAUGAGCACAGAUUGCGAAAGCCUAAUACGCAAGAUGUUAGUGCUGGAGCCUUCCAAACGAUACACCAUUCCACAAAUUAAGAGGCACCGUUGGAUGGCGGGAACGGCAGAUAGCAUUUGUUCAGUGAUCGUAACACGGCCGUCGUCAUCCAUUCAGGAACCAAAUGAGCAAAUACUUCGGCUCAUGCACAGUUUAGGAAUAGACAUUAGUCGCACCAGAGAGUCUUUACGAAAUAGCAGCUAUGAUCAUCACGCUGCUAUUUAUUUCUUAUUGCUGGAAAGAUUGAAGCAACAUCGUGUCAGCAGUACCAUUAAUAAUGCCUGCUGGUCCACGGUUGCAAGAACGAAAGAAGAUAAAUUUAAAUCAAGAGCAAGGGAAGACGGCAGCAGAGGGGGGAAAAGAUUUAGUUCGACGAGUUCUUCGACCGAUGAAGGUUGUUGCAGCGCAGAAGGUGAUUUAGAAGAAGGCCCGAGCGGAGAUGAGUUGCGCGAGGCGCAGAUCAAACUCGAGGAGCAUAGAUUAGGCCUAGAUCACGAUAUCAGUCAACGAAUUGACAGUCAGAUAGUCAAUCGAAGAUUAAGUGAUUAUCAGCAUCAUUUUGAUAACCCGCUUAUGGAUCCUAUUGAUCCACCCAGUCGUACGACUUUGUUCAUGGCGGGUGGCAGCGGUAGCUCGUCGUCGGAACUCUUUGAGUCAAGCUUCGAUUCUGGCUGCCCGCCAGAUUAUACAGGGACGAAUUGUUUCACGAGCAGCUUACCGUCUUGCACGCCACCGCCACCCAAGAGUCCAUCCCCUAUCACUGGUCGAAUAUCCCGAGUCUCUCAGGGACGAAGAGCGUCCGAUGGUGGACCUAGAUUACUAUUCUGUCAACAAGGUGUCGGCGAUAGGCCGUCGAAGCAGAGGAGUAUUCAAGAUUCAGGAAAAGCUCGAGGCCACCUGGAUCUAGUCCAUCUUAGACCACCGUCCACACCGCCAGAUAAUCAGCAGCAAUUUAAGAUACGCGACUCGAGCACGCAGCUACAGCUUCUGGUACAGCAUCGUAUGCUGCAGCAAAAACGCAACUUGUACCACCGGCACAGGGGCGGCGGUAGUCCGACUCCGAUCCCAGUUUCCACCACCGGCAGCACCAGCAGACGUGCCGAUCACGUACCGAGACAAGAUAGCUACAAGCUGGCACAACGUACACAGAUCUUGCCGCCUCUCUCUCAGGGACACGUCGACAGAGACUUCGACAGAGAUAGAAAGCGAGACGAGGAGAGGUGGAAGAGUCUACCAUCCCGCUUGGCAGCGGAUUGCCAGUUGGCGGAGAGGUCGCUAAUAUGGAGCCAGCAGGUGGGUCUUAGUGGAGGUGCGUCUUACCUACCACCUGGAAGUGUAGGUGGUUUCUUGUGGCCCGCAACCAGCAAUCCACAUUCAACCAUCUUCGAAAAUGUAGGGGAUCCAAUGGAAUAAAAUUUCUGCCCUGUUCGUUAUUAGUAAAUGCCUCGAGAUCUUGCGUAUGAAAAGCCAGCUGAAUUAUUAUAUCAACUCUCAGCAGAGUGUGUUCCCUCUCUAGUCUUUCCACGUUGACUUUUUAUUAACAUAGUUGCAUAUCAUUUUUACAUUCUGAUAGAGAAACGCUAAGAUAUACGAAGGAUUUAAUAACGUUCACUCAUCUAUAAUAAUUAUAUAUCUUUACAUACUCAAGAUCUCCGAUUAGAUGUAUGGUACAUGUUACUGAAUGCCAAAGAUUUAUAACAAUUUUGUAUUGAUCUGAAACGUCGCGUCGGUACCCGGAGGAUAUUUGGUUGAAGCGCUAAAAACUGCAACAUUCUAUACAAAUCGUUCACCACUGUACUAUUUCGGAAAGUUAUACUCGUCGCUAUUAUACUGUACAUCUGCAAGAGUAUACACAUAUGCGUGUCAUUAAAAAAAAAAGUAUUCAUGCAGAGAAAUCUUUAUCAUACAGUAACACGUGUACCUGCCUUAUUAAAAUGACUGAUUCUACCAGUCAAAUAUCCAAUUAUAUCAUAGACUGAUAAUUAACAAGCUAAAACACCAACCGAAUUUAGUUGAAGAGCAAGUGGCAUAUGACUUGCUUCGUAAACUCCGCUAUUGAGAGCAUGAAGGAGGAGAGAGAAAGAGACCUGUCGGAUGUUUAACGUAUUAUUAACGCGGUUUUUAAUUGACGGACUCAGAUAGACAUAUAGAAGGCUUAGAACUCGUUCAUUUUCGCAAUAUGCUCAUAUGUAUAAAACGAAUAACGGAUUAUUAUACGAAAUCGCGAUAUAAAUCCUCAGAGGAUAUUCCGUACUGCCAAUGAGUGAGAGAAAUGCGAAUGCUCAAGUUGUUGACAAAAUAUUAUAAAAUAUGUUAUAGAAUAAAACAUAAGAGAAAAAAAAACGAAAUAUCGACGAUAAGGAAAUAACAGCGACUGAAGUAAGAUUAAAGUUCUUUUGAUAGCGGAGCAUCAAGUACUAUGCCAUUUUCGCUUUUCCAUUUAAUCGAAGAGUGGAAAUACGACGCGGGUUGAAAAGAACAUUUUUGUUAAUGAGCGUUCCAUUGUACAAAAUUAGAAGAGAGAUGUUUUCGUCUUCCACUCUUCGCGAUGGUGACUAUAGAGAAUAGAGAAAAUAAUAAUGAAAACAAUAAUAUUAGCGGUAAAUAGUAGCUAAUGUGUCAGAAGUGCUGCAUUCUGUAAAAAAAUGUUUAAAUAAAUCAUUUACUAUAAUCAUUUCCUACAUAAGCAUAAGUUAACUGCAUUUUUGUAUAUGUUAUCUCUUUCUAGAAACAUUUAUAGCUACUAUUAACAGCCGUGCACUACUUUUAUACAAGUAUCUUUCAUGACUCAUUCACCGAUCGAUAUCCUCUAAAUAUGAUUUCUUCUAAAACGGGAUAUUUUCCAUUUUGACGGCUCUGUUUUACGAGCUCCUUGCGUAAUUACAAUUAAUUAGGAGACAUUGACGAGAAACAAUAAUGAUUGCGAAACCAUUUGUACGUUUGAUAUGAAUACAGCACUUUAAAAGAAACAAUAUAUACAUACAUAUAUUAUUAGAAUCUAGCGAUCUAGUCAGUAGCAAGCAAUACCGGCCGCGCACAACUGACAACGACUUUACUAUUCAAAUUUUUCGCCAUUUUUUACCCGACAGGAAAAACAAUCAAACUUCGCUCAAAAAUCUUUUGAUAAGUGAGAGACAUAACUGUUAAGUUAGCCUAAUCGCAAAACGAAAUCCACUACUCUGCAAACGGGACAUCGAUGCAAGGUAUCCAUAAAAUCUCAGGAAUUGAAAAUCAAUUUCGGCGAAUUGUUGCGAAUUCUUAUACGCCUGUCUUUUGCGGACUCACGACCUUGAAUUGCAUAAAAAUAGAAAUUCAGUACGAGGUUUGGUAGCAAUAAAAUUGAUUUCACCUGCCCAUCAAAAUGCAAACUCUGCUGUACGACUCCGACGGAAGAUUCUGCGACAAUUACAUGUGAUACUACUUGUUUUAUAUGUAAGCUAUCGUUUUAGAAAUAUGAAAUCUGUUUAAAAAAACAAAGACUACAAUCCGUUCUGCGGAAGUAAUUAUUUGCUAUCAAGCACUGACUGCCAUUACAGACAAUUUGUCACAAGGAAAAAAAAAUAGAGAAACUGACCUGCGAGAGAUGGUCGCUUAUACGUGUAUACAAUGAUAACAAAUUUCGUUUCUCAUGCUCUUAGCAAAGUGCGCACAUACUAUCACUUCAACAGUCAUAUACGAUAGUAAGUAGUUACUUUUUGUAAAUUGCAAAAUUGUCGAUAUAUGUAUACAUGCGAGUUCUAAAUAAAACAUAUGCAGAUUGAGACCCAAA